ACACGGGCCUCCGCUUACAAAAAUAGCUAUUUACAGUAAUCCACGUGAUUGUGUGUUUGCAUCUAUUCUUACCACAUGUCAUGUUUCCGCUACAGUGUUUUGACAGUGGGGUGGAUAAUAAUCUAGUGUUUUGGUCAGGUUCAGCGGUUGCCGUGUUACAUAAUCGCGGGAUCUCUUGUGGUUUAGCCUAAACACACAUCCCGUAAAAUCGCACAUUUCGCCUUUAUCCUGUGAUUUACGCUCAUUUCACCUCAUACAUUAGGAAUUGUGCGAAGAACAGCCUUUUGGAGUCGGAUUACCUCAUUGUCUAUACUCGCAAUCCUUGUAAGAAUUUAAGACUGUGUGUUUGCUAUUAGCGUAACGUUAUUCAGUCCAGAUAGAGAUAGGAGCCAGUGAGCAUUGUGUUAGCUCAAUAGCUAACGUUAAUGGAGAUGGACAGCGGAAAACAAUAUUAAACUUAACCAGUUUGGUUUAUUUUUUUUAGCAGCUAAAUGGUGUUAAUUGUACACGUUGUUAUCAAACAUGUUCAUACGAGUAAAUGCAAUGUUUAUACAUUCAAAAUUGCUUGGAGCUAUAAGUUGAGUUUAUUGACAGACGAGUUAGCUGUGGGCAGCCUGUUUACUUGAGGCAAAACACCACAGGUUUCAGGUUUCACACCAUGUGAUGAUCACCCGGGACGUGUGAACUUAUUUAAGAACUCCUGUGUUCAGAAGAUUUUUUGAUUCCAGUGGAAUCUUUCAUUUUUUUUUCCAUCUAUUAUUCCCUUUUUGUUAAAUGACACACCUAAUCGCACACACACCCAAGAUAAACCCCCCCACCCUUGUUUACAUGUAGAACAACCUUGCUACGAUGCCUGUACAAGCUCCACAAUGGACAGAGUUUUUGCUGUGCCCAAUAUGCACCCAGACGUUCGAGGAGACGGUGCGUCGGCCCAUCAGUCUGGGUUGCGGCCACACCGUUUGCAAGAUGUGCCUCAACAAGCUGCACCGCAAGGCUUGUCCCUUUGACCAGACGGCCAUCAAUACUGACAUCGAGCAGCUGCCCGUCAACUCGGCCCUGCUACAGCUGGUCGGGGGUCAGGUGCCCAAACAGCAACCUGUGGUGCUCAUUACGUGUCCAGAGGACACCAAGCAUUAUGAUGAGGCACGGCAGUGUGUUGAGGAGCUGGCCCUCUACCUCAAACCCCUCAGCAGUGCACGAGGAGUGGGGUUAAGUAAUGCUGCUCAGAGCAUGCUGAGCCGCCCCAUGCAGAGGAAGUUGGUGACUCUGGUGCACUGUCAGCUGGUGGAAGAGGAAGGACGGGUCAGGGCCAUGCGGGCGGCCCGUUCUCUGGGCGAAAGAACUGUUACUGAGCUCAUUUUGCAGCACCAAAACCCCCAGCAGCUCUCCUCCAACCUGUGGGCUGCUGUCAGAGCCAGAGGCUGUCAGUUCCUGGGCCCCGCCAUGCAGGAGGAGGCACUAAAGCUGGUGCUGUUGGCCUUGGAAGACGGAUCUGCUCUUUCCAGGAAGGUUUUGGUUCUCUUUGUGGUCCAGAGACUGGAACCAAGAUUUCCUCAGGCCUCCAAAACCAGUAUUGGACAUGUAGUUCAGCUCCUCUACCGUGCCUCCUGCUUCAAGGUGACUAAGCGAGAUGAGGAUUCUUCACUAAUGCAGUUGAAAGAGGAGUUCCGCACGUAUGAGGCACUUCGGCGGGAACACGACUCUCAGAUUGUUCAAAUCGCAAUGGAGGGAGGCCUCCGCAUCGCCCCCGAUCAAUGGUCUUCUCUGUUGUAUGGAGACCAGUCUCAUAAGUCUCACAUGCAGUCCAUCAUUGACAAGCUGCAGACCCCGGCGUCGUUUGCUCAGAGUGUGCAGGAGCUGACCAUCGCACUGCAGAGGACGGGUGACCCUGCCAAUCUCAACCGGCUGAGACCUCACCUCGAAUUGCUUGCUAACAUCGACCCCAGUCCAGAUGCUCCUCCUCCUACCUGGGAGCAGCUGGAGAAGGGGCUGGUAGCAGUAAAGACGGUGGUGCACGGCCUAGUGGACUUCAUCCAGAACCACAGCAAGAAGGGUGCCGACACGCAACAGCCACCACAGCACAGCAAAUACAAGACGUACAUGUGCAGAGACAUGAAGCAGAAAGGAGGCUGUCCCAGAGGAGCCAGCUGCACCUUUGCUCAUUCUCAGGAGGAACUGGAGAAGUACCGCAAAAUGAACAAACGUCUUGCUGCACGAGUGCCCUGCACCGCUGGCCUGCUGCCUGAGGAUGUGGUCCCACUGGAGCCUGGGCGAAAGGCCUCUUCGCUUACCAACGGGGGCCCUCUUCCCCAGCUCAUCCCCAGAGGCACAGACCCCUCCACAUAUGACCUCUUACUCAAGCCCAAGAUGGACGCCACUAGCCUGAGUGCUCCUGGGUCACCACCUGACUCUUUGGAUAAAUGUAGCUUGGCCCUGACACCCCACCCUGUGCCUCACCCUAGGGCGGAGCACUUACCCAUGUCCAAGCAGGUGCCAGUCAUGCCCAGAGGUGCGCCACAGAUGUAUCCACAACAGCAGCCCGAGCUCUUCUAUCCAGAGCCAGCCAGACCUCCUCCCUCAGGAUCUCAGUAUGAUGCUCAAUAUCCAACAGGCAAUCCCUACCCGUACCAACCUCCGCAGUAUGGCCCUCCCCGCUACAUCCGCAAUCCGCCGCCUCCGGGUGAGCCACCUUACCCAGAGCCCUAUCCAGGAUACGGCCCAGAUCGCCAAUAUCCGAGCCACCACUCUGGUCCCCCUUUCUCAGCCCACACAUACGCACCACCCUCCCAUUACAGUCGCAGACACGGACACUAUCCCGCACCCCCACCUCCAUUUUCCCAGCCCAGAGAUGACUUGGUCAGGAUGAGCCCGGUUCCUUUGGACGUUCCCCCGGCCGCUAUGCCUCCACCUCCAGCAGGGCCUGCAGGUUCUCUGUACCACUCCCAGGAACCGUCAUCCAGAGACAGAUACCCACCGGACGGGUACUACACAGCUGGACCGCAUCCCAGCCAAAUGAGGUCCCACAUAGGAGACCCGUACAGCCGCUCUCAGCCCAGUCUGGAUGACUUGCAUCGCAGGCGCAAAGAGCUGCUUGUCCAGCUAGAGGAGAGAAAAGUCAUCUCUCCUCCCCCGUUCGCUGCCUCUCCAACUCUCCCUUCACACCCGUUCCCCAACGACUACCCUCGGGAGUAUUUGGAGGAUGGCUCUAAAGUCUUUGGGAGUCGGGAGCCAGACUACGCUGGGCAGUAUUCCCCCUGGUCAUGUGACACCAUAGGAUCAUACAUUGGCUCCAAGGAUGCUAAACCAAAAGAUGUCAGUAGUGCUGUGGAAAUGAUGAAUGCAGAGGGGAAAGUUCUCCGUGAACCUCCACUGGACACUCAGCGGCGCUCUGCGGAAGCCAAAGACGACGAUCCCAUCAUUCCCUUUGGUCCUCUGCCCACUGUGUCUCCUUUUGGUGCCAUUUCACGUACCUCUAAAACGGGUUACCUGACCACUGGGCCUGUACAGGCCAUAGCAUCCUCACAGGCCUCGGGCUCCAAACACAUGACCAUGACAGCAGACUAUCCGUAUGGAAACCACGGCGGAUGGGGGGGAGCGUCGUACCCUCAGCACCAGAGCAUCAACUCUCAGGGACACUUCAGCGAGCGUCUGCCCGUGUCUGCCCCUGACCGCGAGCAGCUCAAGAUUGAGCUCCAGCAAGUCAACCAACAGAUCAGUCAGCAGACCCGCGGCAUGGAGGCUGCCAGUAACUCUAUGCUCCUGCAGAGGGAGGCGUGUGCGCUGGCGUCUCAGCCCGCGGCUGGAGUGAAGUGGUCUUCAGGUGGCACUGUGUCCAGUGAGCAGCUCAGCCUGGAGCUUGAUCACGUAGAGCUGGAGAUCAAGAAGAGAACCCGUGAAAUUGCCAUGGAGAAUCAGGUGGCCCAUGAAUACAAGCUGAAGGCCACUGAGAAUGGGCAGCCUGACCGUAAAGCCCCGCUGGAGGAACUCUCUUUAGCAUUGGGUGAGGUGUCUAAUGGAUCCAGUGGCAUGAAGCCAGCCAGUAGUAUGGGUGGAUCUAUGCUGUCGCUGACCAAUAAAACAUCUUCUCUCACCCUCUGCUCCGCCGACCAAGCAGCAAGUAGCUCAGACCUUCAAAAGAAUGGUGUUGUUCACUCUUGCUCUUAAGAGUGUAUUCACACACACACACAUACAUACACACACACACACACACACACACAGACAACCUCUCCAGAUGUCAAUAUUCCUUCUCGGAGGGCUUUGAAAUUGAUCUCUUGACUAAUUCGGCCAGUUUCAAGAGAUGCAAGAUGUGUUUUUAAUAUUCAGACGGAGCUGAUAUGAGGGACACACAUUCUCACACACACACCUGCAUGCUGCUACAUGCAUGCACCGACACAAACUUCUCUGUUGUUUUAUUUAGAAAAAUGAGCAGUAUCUGCCGUGAUAUAAAUUUUCUUUCUUUUUGUUCUGUGAAUGAGCUUUUUGUUUUAAUGACUUCUCAUCGCCUGGAAACCAGGGCAUCUGAAUAAUGCUUACUUUGUUGUUUUCCCUAUAUAUCAAGAAAGAACAGUGAACCCAAAGCUAGCACAGACAGGACGACGCAAACCAGUGGAAUCAAAACGAGAAUUGAGCGCACUAUUUUUAGCAUUGGGGCUAGUUGCUGAUUGUGCGGUCGGGGCCCUGUGGAAACGUUCACCUCCCUGGAUCUCUGCAGCCUUGAAUAUGAUCUGACUCACCAGGUUUAAAGUAGCAUGGAGAACCUUUUAUGAAUCCAUUUUUAUGGACCGUUAACGCGGGUCUCCCCACAGGAUGCUCAACCGUGGCAGUGUAUCGCUGUAAGGCAGUUCGCUCGCGCUCUGGAGGACACAAGGUGGAAGAGAGAGAUACCUAUAUAAUCAGUUGUCAGGUUUUUGUUUAAUUUAUGGUUUGGCUAUAUAACUGUUAAGGAAUUUGUAAAUGUGUGGUGACACAUGUCUAAAGCAUUCUGUUUUAUAGAAUGCAAACAGAUGUCUUGAAAAAUGAGCACUUUUUUCCAUGUUUUCCAUGAGUGUGUGCUUUUUAGUAGAAGAGGUGCAACACAUCGCUUCCCUUGUGUUCUUCAGAGCUCUGUGGUCGGGAUGAGUUUUGUUUCUCCCAGCGCCACAGUCGUUUUGGAAGAUUACAGCCUAUUAGGAAAUUAUUUCAUCCGUUUUCCCUAACUUCUGUGAAGUUGCAUAUUUGGCUCUCCUGGUCGAGUUUGCAUAUUCGGGUCUCAUCGCUAAAUUGCUGCAUAGAAGUACACCAGGGCAGUAGUUUCGACAACGCAGGGUCCUGUAACGCUAAUCGUUCGCGUUACAGUUUUGACACUCUGAAAGAAAUUGGUUAAAGGGAUAUUUCAACCAAAAAGGGAAAUUCUGUCAUGAUUCAAUUGCCCUCAUGUUGUUCAAAAUGGAUAUUUUGGAGAGAAAAAUUACGGAUAAAAACAGUUGAAACGUCUUUUGUGUUCCACAGAAGAAAGUUAGUCAUGCAGGUUUGUAAUGACUUCAGGGGAAAUAAAUGAUGACACAAUUCUCUUUUUUUCUUUCUUUUCUUUUUUUUUUCUUUUUUUUUGGGGUGGGGGGGUGAACUGUCCCUUUAAAUGAAAUCCAGACAGGUGUUCAUUAUAGAUGAGCUAUUUAAUGUCUUAUAGGUUUCCUCUUUGUAAACUCAAAAUUAGUUUGGAAUCAAUUCUUCAGAGGCUCUUUUGAAUUACUGCAGGAUAUUUAAUGCGACUCAUGAAUGAGGCCUGUUGAGUCUCCAUCAGCCUGCUUUGACCUAAAUGUGUUUUUACACAACAUGUUCAAUGACCGUUUCCGAACGUGGCCCCAUAAACGAAGAGAACAAGAUUAUUUGAAGUCUGAAGUCUUCCUAUAGUGAUGACAUUCUUCACGUGUGACAUUUUGUUCUAGUCUCUUGAGACCGACUAUGAUAUACAGCUCCAAUUUUGGGUGCAACCUCUUAACGUGUAAUCUUUUGUGGUUUUUGUGCUAUAGCUGUGGUGAUAUAGUUAAUUUCUCUUAUUACGAUGACUUGUAGUCACGGUCAUUAUUUGAUGUUCUUGCUCGUCAAAGAGCACACGCAGCCUUUUCAAGCAGUCGCCGAGAUUGAAAUCGAGCUGUGCCGACACGCAGAGAUGACGUCAACCUUACUGUCGAGGUUUAAACUUAUCGCGUGAUGUCCGUCGCACUCGCUGAGCAAAUUCUCCAGAAUGUUGUCUUUCUCAAUGCUAAAUUGUUACCUCCUCCCUCUCCUCAACGUGGAAAUUGAAUUCUCGUAGUGUUUUUAUUUCAUACCGUUGAGAUCCCGUGAACUAAUUAAGGCUUUGCCUGAUCUGAGAUGUGCUGUGUAUGGUUAGCUUAUGAUUUAGCUGAGCUUCUUGCUUCCCUUCUGGUGAAUCUGGCCUCUGAUAGAAUCUAGACCUUUCCUCUUUCUCCUGUGGCUCAAGGCUGCUUUGUAGCCCAAUAAUUUAAGUGAAAUUCAUAAAAACACGUCCAGGUCGCAUUUCAGCAAGAAAUAUAAAGGAAAGGAAAUGUAUAGGAUGUUUAAGCACAUCUUUGUCCCCCAAAUGUUCAUAAAUUCUUAAUUCCCGUCGCAUUAUCAUUACUUCAGUAUGGUAUUUUCGUAUAGUAUGCUUAACACAAGAAAUUCUUUAAUGCAAAUACAGAUUUUUAUUUAAAUCUGUGUAUAAGUUACAGUAACUUUUUGUAUUCAUUUACACUGACAAAAAGGAACUGUACUUUAUUUUCAAGAAAAUGUCAAUGCAAUAUAAAAAUGAAAAUGUAUGAUUUCAUCCCAUAAUAAUAAUAUGACCUGGGCAUGUUCUUGUGAGGUUUCAUGAGAUUCACCCAAAUGUAUAUUACACUUUCUAGAUGCUUCUCAGUUCUAUGCCACCUCACCUAUCCCAUUAGCAAUUACGCUCAAUGAUCAAAUUUAAAAAAAAAAUGUCUAAAUUGAGGAACGUUACAUCAGGAGGAUAUAAUGCGCUCAGUGAAUUCCAUUUUAUAUUCAAACAGGGGAAAAUAAAACGAGUGCACACCGCACAGGAUACGUUUUAAUCUUGACGUCUCAUCAGUAGAGACGUGUGAAUGGCAAGGCUUUUCUACAAUUUCUGAAAAUGAAAAUUUUAUCCAAAUUUUCCUGAGCUAACACGAUUUUUUUGGUUCUCUAGCAUGACGAGCGUUCUGUUUCGCAUCGCUAAUCGCUGCUACGACGGGCAAACGUUUAGCCAGUGCUUGGUGUGUUGAGAUUUUUUCAUUUGGCUUUCACAGAGUGCCCAAAGCUAUACUAAUGUAAGCAUUCUCGAGUGAUGCACUGCCAGGAUGCUGCUUUGAUUUGAAUCUUUGGAUUGUAUGGGAAUGUGCUAUCUUGUAUUUAAUAUUUGGCACUUGCUUGGGUGCUGUAGAACUUCUUUUCUUUUUUUUCCCCCUCUAAUCAUCAGUGAUCUCACUGAGCUAAUUACUUCUGCGUGGAUAUUUUUUUUGUUUGUUUUACAAAUUAGUGUCAACCAUCCAUACAUAGCAAUUUAUGGGAAACGACUCAGUAAGGCUCAUUUACAGUUUUGUGCAUGAGGUUAUUUUUCCUCAAGUGAGAAAUUGCAGGAUAAUGUGAUUUUCUUUGAGAAUGGGUCUGUUCCUGAUGGAUGAUAUUCAUUUCUCUGACUGGAUCGUGUCUGUUUUGAGCAGACCUGUUGAAUUCACUUAAAUGAAACGCAAAAUUAACUCAUUUUGAACCUUAUAACACUGUUAUGGCUGUCUUUUUUGUCGUUUUGUUUUAUUCCUAACUUUUUGGGAAAUGUAAUGGCUUUUUUAUGAUUACUUCCAAGUUGUCUUGUAAAAUCUCUUAAAUUAAGGUACAGGCUCAAUUUCAACAAGGAAAGGUUUUAUAUAUAAAUAUAUAUUAUACUCCAUUAAGGAAUGUUUAGAACCAUCUUACUCCAAUGUGGAUGUAGCCAUUAUUACGCCAUUUUAUGACUUUGUAAAAGAAUUCACUGUGUGAAAAUUGGUUUGCAUUUUUGUAUAAUACAAUCUGCUUUUUUGUUUGUUUAAAAGGAGAGAGGGAGGUGAAACUGGAUGUUAAGAGGACAAGAUAAAAAAAAUAAAUAAUUUAACAGAAACCUGUGAUAUUGAGAAGAAAAUGUAACUUGUGUACAACAAUGAUUCUAAAUGAGAGGGAUGGAAUAAACAAUAUUGGUAACACUGCUAUAAA